AUGGAUGAGGAGUUCUCGUCCCAGAUGAAGAAGAUGGCGUUGGCCAUGGGUACGUCCCUGUCAGACAAGGACAUCGAGCUGCUGCCCUCGGACAUGAGGCACCACGGCUCCUUCAACUACCUCAAGUUCUUCGAGUACAUGCAGAAGUUCCAGGCCACGGGGCAGCUGGACACGGUCAUUCAGAAGGCCUUCCAGACGCUGGACAAGGACAAGAGCGGCUUCAUCGAGUGGAACGAGAUCAAGUACAUCCUGUCCACCAUCCCCAGCAGUGGGCCGACCGCACCUCUGACAGAUGAGGAGGCGGAAGCCAUGAUCCAGGCGGCCGAUACGGAUGGAGACGGAAGGAUCAACUUUGAAGAAUUUUCUGACUUGAUCAAAAAGGAGAAGAUUCCCAAGAAGUAGUGGCACCGACCCU